CAGGGUUGCCAGUUUGGUAGAAACAGCAGGCCUGACUGAGCCGCUUGAAUUUAGGGCCUAGAAAGGGAGGGCGCGGAGCCUAACAAGGCAACGAAGCGAACAAAAGGAAGUGGCUUUUACGAGCUAAAUGUUUAUGUUUCAUAUAACCUCUUCCAUUGCCCGGUAAAUACGCCGUUCUUAUAUUUGCUUUGCUCGAAGCAGGAGCUGAAGCCGUCGCGGCCAACAUGGAGUGAUCAAAGUAAGAGUUUGUCCUGAAUCAGCACCAGUUGUUGAGGUCUUCCCGGGGCCCUUUGGGGCCCAGGAAGAGGAUGCAUCGUGGUGGAGAUAAAGACUUCCAGACCUCAGCUCGAAAGAUGGGCACAUCCUUGUUGUUCCAGCUCUCAGCCCAUGAAAGAGAGUUAGAUUUAGUAUUUCUGGACCACAGCUAUGCCAAACCAUGGAAUGCCCACCCAGAUGCCAGCAGUGCUCGACCCACGAGGACGCUGUUUGUUACCCCACGUCGCCAACCUGAACCCGUUUUAGAUUCAGAUUCUGUAAUAGAUGUGGAAACUGUAACUCCAACACCCGUUCCUCUAUAUGAUAACCACAAAGCCCUUAGUGUGAUGAAGGAGUGCGAGCGGCAUGUCCUGUUUGCUCGUACAGUUGCUGAGAGUCCCCCGCCCCCUGAUGACUGGGAGGAACAUGUAAACAAGACUGGAUGGACAGUGGCCCAGAACAAAUUGUUCAACAAGGUCAUUAAAGCUCUGCAAGCGGAAAGACUAGCCCGUCUGGCCAAUGAAAAUACUUCCAAUGAGCCAAUUUUGCGAAGGAUAGCUGUGGACAAGUGUGCGAGGAAGGUGCGGCAUGCGCUGGCCAGCGUGAACUGGGACACCAAACUGACACAGUGGUUACACACCACUCUAAUUGAGUCUUUAAGCCUAGCCAUGCUUGCCGCGUACCUGGAUGUGCUGCAGACUCUCAAAAGCAAGUUGCCCUCGCUGAUCGACAGAAUGUUGCUGUCAUCGGCAAAGACCGGCGCUCCAAGCGCAGAGGCGCUGUCACUGCUACUGAAAAGGCCGUGGGACCCAGCUGUUGGAGUUCUGUCUCAAAACAAGCCGAGCAAGCUUCCAGGAUCCCCACUCAUCCUUAUUGCACCAUCAAGCCCAACCAAUCCCGCCCUCUCCACUUCACGGCGAAUGAGAUUCUGGCAGUCACAGCUCUCCUUUUUUGGAAAGGUCAUCCCAAUACACACUCAUGUGAACAGCGGGGCCAAUAUUGGCAUCACCCAGUGCCUAGAGCACAUGUUGGGUACUGUCAGGGCCAAGGUCAUGGAGGUUCACAGUCACUUUCCUCACAAACCCAUUAUCCUGGUCGGCUGGAACGCUGGGGCUCUUAUGGCUUGCCACGUGUCCCUGAUGGAGUAUUUGACGGCUGUGGUCUGUCUUGGCUUCCCCCUGCUAACAGUCAAUGGGCCACGUGGGGAUGUGGAUGACCCGCUGCUGGACAUGAAGACACCAGUGUUGUUUGUGGUCGGCCAGAACGCGCUCCAGUGUAGCACAGAAGGAAUGGAGGAGUUCAGAGAGAAGCUCAGGGCAGACAACAGCAUGGUGGUGGUUGGAGGCGCGGAUGACAAUCUGAGAAUCAAUUCAGCAAAGAUGAAAUCAGAAGGACUGACGCAGACCAUGGUGGACCGCUGCAUUCAGGAUGAGAUCGCUGACUUCCUGUCAGGUGUGCUUACACGGGCAGAGGGCCACGGUCAUGGCUCAGGUGAGAUGAGAGACAUGGACACAGAAAAGAAGAAAAGGCCUCGACGGGAGCUUCCCUUUGACAUGGAGAGAGGACGACCAUCCUCCCCUGCACUCAGAGUUCCGAUCUCGCCGUCAGGAUCAGAGGAUCUGUCUAGUGUCUGCAGCAGUCCCACAUCCAGUCCCAAACCCAAGACAUCUGGUCUUUCUCCGGCACAGAAGUCCAGCCUUAUCACUGCUACACAGUUGCUCAAGACACACAUGCAGCGCUCCGGCACAGUGCUCAGUCACAAGCAGGCUCAAGCUCAGUUUGCUGCUUUUAUGAAACAAAACAUGCUUGUGAGGAAAAAUCUUCCUCCUGGCACUCCUCCUUGUAUUUUUGUGCCGGUGACCUCUGAUCAGAUGGAGGGCCUGGACAGAGAUGAACUGCGGUCCCAUGGCAAGAGGAGGCAGACACCUAGUCCCACUCCAAGCAAAGCCUCCAAGAGAGCAAAGAUCAAGGUUACUAUUGUUUCCCAAAGCGAUUCAGCAGGGGGCAGCCUCAGUCCUGCUGCACAUGAAGUGGGUGUCUCAGGAAAGCCCUUAACUGUGACAGUGGGACAGACUGUGGCUGGUGCCAAGGAGCUCUCUGGACUUCUUACAGGCCAACGGUCUGGUAGUCUCUCAGAGGUGUCUGGUGCCCUGUCCCCAGGCUCCAGCUCAUUCAGCAGCGUGCAGCCUUGCAUGGUGUCGGGGCCUUCCACACCAGCCCAGGCGCAAGCUCCAGCCACUGCCCAAGCACCUUCCGCCAGCAGUCUUCUACAAGGCCUAAGUUUCAGUCUUCAGGAGAUCGUCACCAAAGCUCCUAACGUUCCCUCGACAGCAGCCAACACAGGCGGCACACAGGGUCCGGUCCUGAGCUCCGCCGGUACCAGCAGCAGUGCUCUGCUCCGGGCAGUGCCUGUGGUCACCACAGGAGGAGUGGCUAAAACCACCGCCAUCCAUCAGCUGCUCACCAAUGGUGGGCUGGCCAAACUUGCUAGCAGCUUGCCUGGCUUGGCGCACAUCACCAACCAGACCACCGGUAUGUCUCGAGCUGCCAAGACACGACGGCCACGUUGAAUGCCCAGAGUUUGUUCAUCCUUUGUUUUGGAAACAGUAGUGCAGGAGGUCUGUAGGCCGGACGUAGAGGAAUGUAGAGGACAUCUCUGAUACUUGCAGAGAUGGUUUGACUGGAAUGAGCCUAACUGUUGUAAGGUUUGCAGAGGAAUGUGCAGCUUAUACGUACAGCAGCCAAGGGCAGAUUAGUGGUGUACAUGUUUUCAUGUUCACGGAAUGGAAAGUCACAAUUUUGAGUUUCCAUCUGAUGUCGGACACACGAAGGCAUGAAACAGUUUGAUCCUGAAUAAUUGUAAAUUAAGAUCAAUGUUAAGAGGGUUGACCAAAUUUAAUAAGACUCCUGUUUUUCGGUCAAAACUGCUUUCUGUGUCAGCUUUGUUUGUUCAAGCUAUCAUUUCAUGUUUGUUUGUUUGCCUGUUUUGUAAACCCAUUAAAUCACCUGCUUUCAAUUAUUCAUUUAUAUUAAUGCUGACCUCCUGGAGAGUUGUGUUGAGAAGCAAUAACGUUGGCACAUGGCAUUACCCAAGCUGUUCCUGUUGUAAUAAAGACUGGAAUCAAACUUGUUU